UUUGUCCUGUUGUCCCUCCCCGCAGUGAGGGAGCUGGUGGUGUCAGCAGGAGAGAGUGUGGAGGUCACGUUACCACGCAGUGACAUCGAGCUUAACGCCUUCGUGGUCCCACCACCCAAAUCAGAGACAACCUAUGCAUUUGAUUGGCGCCUGAUCACUCAUCCCAGAGAUUACAGCGGGGAGAUGGAAGGGAAGCACAGCAAGACUCUCAAGCUCAGCAAGCUCACUGUGGGUCUGUAUGAGUUCGAGGUGAUGGUGGACGAGGAGGGGGCUCAUGGCGAAGGUUACGUCAAUGUCACAGUCAAACCAGAGCCACGGGUAAACAAGUGCCCUGUUGCCGUAGUUUCCCCAAAGUUCCAGGAGAUCUCCUUGCCAACCAGCUCUACGGUUAUAGACGGCAGCCAGAGCACCGAUGAUGACAAGGUGGUGGCGUGGCACUGGGAAGAGGUUAAAGGGCCGCUGAGGGAGGAGAAGGCCAUUGCCGACACACCCGUCCUCACCCUCACUGGCCUGGUGCCCGGGAACUACACAUUCAAUUUGACUGUGACAGACUCAGACGGAGCCAAGAACUGGACACCAUCCACCCUCUUGGUCAACAAAGCCAAGGAUUACCCGCCUGUGGCCAACGCCGGGCCUAACCAGGUAAUCCAAUUGCCACGCAACUCCAUCACCCUGUACGGCAACGAGAGCACGGACGACCACGACUCACUGUCCUACGAGUGGUCCCUCAGCCCUGAGAGCAAAGACAAAGUUGUGGAGAUGCAGGGUGUGCGGACGCCCAUCUUGCAGCUGUCUGCUAUGCAGGAGGGAGACUACACCUUCCAGCUGACUGUGACCGACUCCGCUGGACAGCAGGAAACUGCCCAGGUCACCGUCAUUGUGCAGCCAGAAAACAACAAGCCUCCAGUAGCAGAUGCAGGACCGGAGAAAGAGCUGACGCUGCCGGUGGAUCGAACCACGCUGGAUGGCGGUAAGAGCAGAGACGACCAGAAGAUAGCCACCUUCCACUGGAAACAAACCAAAUUGCAAAGUGUCAGAUGGUUCCUGCAAUCAGUCCCAUACAUUUGGGAGCGGGACCUGGUGGAGCUGGUGCUGGAGGUCUCUGUGUCGCAGGUCUCCCACCGUCAGCGCGACAUGCUGCUGCGCCAGGUCGGAGUUUUACUGGGCGUGCUCGACAGUGACAUCACUGUGCGAGACAUCAGUGCGUUUAAUGAGCACAGCACUCGUUUGGUCUUCCUGGUGUCGGGCGGUCCAGGGCGCCCUCCUCUGUCCGGCCACAGCGUUGCAUUCAGCCUGCGCAACAAACUGCGCAAACAGAAAAAUGACUUUCUCAUCUACAAGGCCCGACGAGUGGAUACAGUUAUCUGCCAGCUGAACUGCUCGAGUCACGGCGAGUGUGACUCGUACACACGGAGCUGUGUCUGCCAGCCUUUCUGGAUGGAGAACUUUGUCAGAGCUCAGUUCGGAGAUGCAGAGAGCAAUUGUGAGUGGAGCGUACUCUAUGUGACGAUAGCGUCAUUUAUGAUUGUGGUUGCUAUAGCAACACUUAUCUGGGGAAUGGUGUGUUGCUGCAACAGGCGUAAAAGCAAAGUCCGCAGAAGCAAAAGCAAAUAUAAAAUGCUAGAAGCUGAUGAGCAAGACAGUCUGGAGCUACAUCCACCUAGAGCCGCCCGCAUGAAGCCGGUGCCCGCUCCCACCUCCUCCGCCCUCAUGCACUCAGACUCUGACCUGGACAGUGAUGAAGGGCAGGGCGGGCCGUGGACGGAGCAGGAGCGCGGGCAUCUCCUGAGGCCCCAGAACGGCUCCCUGAGGAACGGACAGGGGCCGCACAGAAACCUUGUACCUCUCAUCCACGAAGAGAAACUGAUUGAUACGUCGAUAAAGGAAGGGAACGAGAAGACGAACAUGCUGGAAACAUGUUAUCCCACUGUCACAGAAACAAAAUCACCACUGUACUGACACUUCCCUGCUCCCACACUGAGCCACUAUGGAGGAGUGCUGCCCUUUCGCUGAGAAAAAGGGUCGAGCACUGUGUUUUGAAUCGUGUAAAAAUAUAACACGGAUUCCUUUUAUUGAACACAGAGACAUGAAGAAUGUACUGUAAUCCAUCUUACUAAAGGCACGCAAAGAUGCCUGAGUGACACAUGACUUUUUGGAUUAAAAAAAGCUUCAAUGCCACGAGAACCAGCCACUUGACACGCUCACACCUUGCCUCGUGUAGACACGCAUGUACGCACACAAAGAGGUCGUUUUCACACUGUUCCAGGUCAACCUGAUGCUACCAAACUGCCAUGUUAAAAACCAAUGGUGAACUCUGCUCUGAACAUUUUUGUUAAUGGGCUACAUGGUGAGCCCUUGGAAGGAAAAACACAACCAAAACAAGAGCAGACAAAAGCAAUGGAUGCUGCUCCAUUUAAAAAAACAAAUGUGCAUGAAGAGUGACUGCAGUUCUGGUACAAUUUGAUACUGGAAUGAUCGCCUGCAUGUUUGUAUGGGUGGCUGCUGUGUCAAACAAUGUUUCUUUAGAGCCAAGUGAACGUUUUUAUUUCUGUUAUUAACCCGUGGAAGGAAUAUUUACAAUGUUGCAAGCAUUGGUGACCAGAUUCUUUAAAAAACAAAACAUCAUCAUGCUUUUAUUCUGAAGGUUUCUCUGCUGAUGAAGGCUCUUGGACACACACUGGAUUACACGACGUUAGUGAGUUCGGUCUCAACGGAGACGAUAACGAGGAGAAGUUCACAACACAACUAAUGGGACUGCUUCGUUUCUCACCUCGACAUUCAUUAAUGUAACGACUGCUUGAACCAUGAAAACCACUGAGUUCUUUUUUUGUUUUUCUACUAACAACCUUCAGGCUGUGAUUAGAUGUCGAUGCACUUUGAUUUCAUGUCUGUCACCUUUAACCUAAUGUUUUCUCUUGCUUGAAAAGGGAGAUUUGUGAUGGUUAAAGUUGGAAAAGCUCAGGUUCGUAACACACCUGUAGGCUUGAAAUGAAAAGGAUGGUGUAAGCUCAAUGUAUUACAAAGUAAGACUUUAACCUUUUUUUAUCCUUUAGGGUAAUUUUACAGUUUCUGUGCAAUCUUUUUUUGGCCCCCAAAUGUGAUGACAAAUGUAUCCUUGCUUUUCUUUUGGCAAAUAUUCAUUAAAUUAAAUGUGGGGAUCAUUAAAAUAACUCAAAACAAAUAAGAAGAUCUGAAUGGCAGAACCGUGACCUUAAAACAAACAACAAAUGACAUUUUAUUUGGAUGUAAGUGAGUUAUGUUUCCAGAAUGACCUGAAACUGUUAAAAAAAAAAAUGUCUUCCUACAAAUAAAAUGAGCAGGAUGUUUGUCUUUUGGUAAAAAUACAACAGGAAGGCUGUUGGAACACAGAAGAUCUAUGCAUAUAUUUUUCUGUGGAUCUAUUUUAUGUGAAGACUUGAACCAAAUGACUCUUCCCUUGCAUGUGAAAAGUCCAGAAAUGUAGUCACUUUUUUGUUGAAUGUUAAAGGAGUACAUUUUGCUUCAGUUCAAAUUCAGUAGUCAAUGUGAAAUAUGCAAUCAUUUAAAUGUAUUUGCGUAAAAUGUCUAUUUGAUAUACUGAAUUUAUCAGGCCUUCCUUUAGUAAUUUCUGUGAGGCAAACAAAUUAUGCUGUACUCAAGUACCAACAAUGUGAAAUCUUUCAACAUUAUAAUGUAAUAUACAUCUUCCUGUGUUUUUGCACAUAAUAAGAAAUGGCUUUUGGAUACAUCCCCAAGAUUUGACAUUGAUUCCCUCUCGUUUCUCUCACACAACAUGUGCUAGUCACUUUUGGUAUUUAUAGAAGUUAAUGAAUUGACCUUGACUCUGACCGAUUCCACUAUGAAGGCAGACAAAGAAAACUGGGAGAAACUGUAAAAUGAAGGGAGUUUAAUUUAAGAUAUUUUAGUUUGCUUUUAGUGAAGGAUUUACCCCCUUCUUUACAUUUGUGACCACAUCUGAUGCAACUGGAUAAUCUUUACAUUAAAAUAAAAAUGUUUCAGUUUG